UCCUGAGAGCUGAUUGGUCGGUACUGAUCUUGACGCGGGAAAGUGUCAGCGCGAAUUAACACGUCGCUCCUGAAAGUUGUCCUCUGGAGGUGAAGUUUACUAACUUCGGGGAUUGUUUUUAGUUGAAAAGUAAUCGUCUUACAACAUGUUUUACUACCCAAAUGUUCUCCAACGCCAUACUGGAUGUUUUUCCACAAUUUGGCUAGCAGCCACCGGAGGUAUCCGGGUCACUCGCAGGGAGUUCCUCAGGGUCAACGUAAAGCGGACAUGCAACGAUAUCUUGGACUAUGUGACGGGACAAGUUCCUGCUCUGGAGCCCGACCAGUCCAGGCCUCGCUUUUCCCUCUACCUGUCGUCUCAGCUGCAGUACGGCGUGGUCAUCAUCUACCACAAGCAGUGCGCCUUUUUGCUCGAGGAGGUCCAACAGACUAUCGACCGCUGGCUCCGCUUUAAAAGACGCGUCCAGAUCGACCUGGCUGAAUCCGACAGGAUGGCUCUGAAUGUUCCCGACGGCCUCAGCAUGAUGGAGGAGGCUGAGGGAGCUCUGGACCCCUUCUUUGGUCUGAUGGCGUCCCACCAGCUGCCCAGCCCCUACAAAAUAGUCCCGACUGAGUUUGCGAUUGAGGAUUUGGUUUCGCAGCACUCUGUGGUGUCCAGCCCCACCAACAAACCAGACAAUAAAGCAGGUUUCAUUUUGCCUCUGGCUGCCAUCACACUAACAGAGAAGGAGCAGUUUGUCAUCAACACUGCUGAGGAUUUUAACGGCGCUGAGCUUCCUGAAGCCACAGCCAGAGACAUUCAGUUGCUGAUGGAUCAGCCCGAUCACUUCAGGAGAGAAGAUGAGGAGACUAAAGAUAGGACUGGGGACCAAGCAGUCUCAUCCUUCGGCGUCCAGCUGAAGGACACGAUGCUGGGGACAGAGCAGGACGUCAUGUGGCUGCUGGACGAGGAGACCGGGGAGCCUGUGGAGGUUCCUCUGGCAGCCGUGGCCUCUGAAGUGACCCCUGAGCACAUAGCGAUGCCACCGGAGAGCGAAGGGGACAGAGCUACAGAGAGCCUCUGUGACGAGGCGGUGGGCCAUCCUCUGAGGACGCACGGCGGGAGACGCAGGCGCCAGCUGGUCUUUGUGGACCCUGAGGUCCAGAUCCCUGACAAAGAAAUACAGCAGCAGAUUGAAGAUCCACUGAUCGAAACUCUAAAUAUGACGGAGGUGUUGCUGGACGUCCCCGCGCUGACCAAGAGGGCCUCUCCUGCUCAGCUCUUCAGCGCCCCCUGUGGAUCUCUCGUCCACCCCAGCCUCCUGUCGCUAUGGAAACAGCGGGCCUCCAUCGCCAUCCAGAGCGAGAGUGGGGCGACGCGGAGAGCGGAAGAGGAGUCAGAGCAGGACAUGGAGAUCCUGCGGACGGAGAGGAAGCGGAGGCACUCGCGCAUGAAGGAGAUGAGCAGCCAAUCAGGACUUCAAACCACUGAGGGCUCAUGUGAGUCUUCUCUCCCAAACACUCGUUCCCCAUUCAGGAUUUGGCAGCACAAUAAAGAGAUCACCAUUAUUCACUUUUGCGUGUCAACAGCUGUGUUAGAUGCGAUGCUGGAGAUGCCCGAUGAAGAUAAGUUUGGAAGUGAUGUGAUGACUCCUGUCAGCAGAUGGUCUCCACAUGAGGACGUCCAGCCACCAAUGGAGCCAAUAGCUGAGGAAAACAUGGAGAUGCCCGAGGCUCAGACAGACACACACUACAUGCUGAGCUGGAUCGCCUCCAUCCAGCAGAGAUUUGGUGAAGUCGCCUUUGACUCUCUGCUGCCCCCAAAGGCCGACCGCUGUACCGCAGCUCGCACUCUGAACAAACUGCUGGAGCUGCUGUCAGACGGACGGGUGACGGCCUGUCAGACCGAGCCCUACAGCAGCAUCGCCAUAGCGCCAGCAGCACUCAGUACACCGAUCUGAACACACCGCAGUUCUCACUGAUAGUUUAUAACAGAAUGAAUUAAUUCUUCUAUAAAUUAAUUUUUUUUUGUAAUUGUUAAGCAAUCAUUUGUUGCAGCAGUUUGCAGUUUUUAAGCAGU